GGAGUGAGGAGAGGACAUGAAAGUGGCAAGGUAAGAAGAGGCGGAGGCAGAGGAGAGAGGGCGAGGCUGUGUCCCUGUCUGUUUGUGAUUAGCACACAGCCCGGCGCAGAAUGGAGUAAACAGAAACUUCCAGGCGUCCCCACACCCCCCUCUGAGGCGAAGCAGAAAUCAGAUGCUCCGUGAUUAAUCGUAGAGAGUUCAGGACACAACCACAAGCGCUGUGCGGACUUGAAAUUAGCUGCCUUUUCCCGUCCCAUUGCCAAGAUGGGAGUGGGGGGUGGGACGUGAAGCGGUGGGGGCCCCGCCUGCUGGGGGCCAGCAUGGAACUCUCCCUGGCAGAGCUCAGUGACACUGACGGGCAAUCGGCCGCGGCCAGAGCAGCAGGCAGCAUCCGGGGAGAGCAACGGGCCGGCCGGCGGGGGGCCCCAAGCAGGCUUCCUGGAACCCCGGCUCCACAGCUGCCUGCGCCCUGACACAGGCCAGAUAACAGCCGGGUUGCGCUAUCAGAGCCCCGCAGUGCGCUGUCCCCGCCCGUCCCUCGGCUCCGCAAGGAAGACUGGGGGACAGUGGGCUCCUUGGAAGCAACCUCCGGAGAGAGUGGCUAGUCGGGAAGGGCUUCCCGGAGUCUGAGCUCAACUCUUGCAGUGGAUGGGAGUCGACGCUCACCUCGGCGCCAGAGAAAGCCAGGCUGCCUGCAGGAGGACGUGUGACCCAGCCUGAAUGCCCAUACCUACUAGAUGGUAAUCUCUACACCCAAUAUGGGGCUCGAAUUUAUGACCCCGGGAUCAAGAGCUGCAUGCUCCACUGACUGAGCCAGCCAGACGCCGCUGAGCACUGGUCCUUUAGAGCCUUAGGAGAAAGUCCAGGUGAUGAGGUGGGGGUGCCGCUACUAUGCGCCUUUUUUUGAGACCACGGAACACACACGGAUGUGAAGCCGCUGGUUCAGGGGCACAGAGAUGACGAGGGGGCCGGAUUAGUCACCGAGCGCCGAGUAACACAUGGCCCCAUCACUCAGCGCCUGAAAACAACACCUGUCCAAGAUCUUACGGUUUCUGCAGGAAAAAGAAAGAAAUGCCUUUUCAUUGCUUCCUGUAACUGAGCUGGGAUUGCUCACAAACCCAGGGCAACGAGGAGGAACACGAGAUUUCGUCCGAUCUGGCCAAUUUAAUCCGAUCCAGUGCCGUAGGUCUUCAGGUGACUGGCCAUGUCUGUGAGGCUGCGGUUCCUGUCCUCCGGGGACGCGGGGGCCGUGGGGGUCGUGGGCCGGAGCGCCUCCUUCGCGGGCUUCAGCAGCGCACAGAGCCGGAGGAUCGCAAAGUCCAUCCACGGGAACUCCGCGAGGUCUCGAAUGCCUGCCAAACCCUCCAGGACGUACGGCACGCUGCGGAAGGGCUCCGUCUGCCCGGCCCCCAAGCCGCAGCAAGUGAAGAAGAUCUUCGAAGCUCUCAAGAGAGGCCUCAAGGAGUAUCUGUGCAUCCAGCAGGCCGAGCUGGAUUACCUGUCAGGUCGCCACAAGGACACCCGCAGGAAUUCGAGGCUGGCUUUCUAUUACGACCUGGACAAGAAGCAAACGCGCUCUGUGGAAAGGCACAUCCGGAAGAUGGAGUUUCAUAUCAGCAAGGUGGAUGAGCUCUACGAGGGCUACUGCAUCCAGUGCCGCCUGCGGGACGGGGCCUCCAACAUGCAGAGGGCCUUCUCCGCCUGCCCGCCCAGCCGCGCCUCCCGGGAGAGCCUGCAGGAGCUGGGCCGCAGCCUGCAGGAAUGCACCGAGGACAUGUGGCUCAUCGAGGGGGCCCUGGAGGUUCACCUGGGGGAAUUCCACGUCAGGAUGAAAGGCUUGGUGGGCUACGCGCGCCUCUGUCCCGGAGACCAGUACGAGGUGCUCAUGCGCCUGGGCCGCCAGCGCUGGAAGCUCAAGGGCCGGAUCGAGUCGGAUGACAGCCAGACCUGGGAGGAGGAGGAGAAGGCCUUCAUCCCCACGCUGCACGAGAACUUCGAGAUCAAGGUGACGGAGCUGAGGGGCCUGAGUUCACUGGCAGUGGGCACGGUAACCUGCGACAUCACUGACUUCUUCACGACCAGGCCGCAGGUGGUCGUGGUGGACAUCACAGAGCUGGGUACCAUCAAGCUGCAGCUGGAGGUGCUGUGGAACCCGUUUGAUACUGAGAGCUUCCUGAUGUCACCCAGCCCCACGGGCAAGUUCUCCAUGGGCAGCAGGAAGGGCUCCUUGUACAACUGGACACCCCCAAGUACCCCUAGCUUCCGAGAGAGGUAUUACCUGUCUGUCCUGCAGCAGCCAGCACCGCAGGCUUUGCUGCUGGGUGGGCCGAGGGCCACCUCCAUCCUCAGCUACCUGUCUGACAGGGACCUUCGGGGCCCUGGCCUGCGGAGCCAGAGUCAGGAGCUGCCUGAGAUGGACUCCUUCAGCUCCGAGGACCCCCGAGAUGCCGAGACCAGCACAUCAGCAUCCACCUCGGACGUGGGCUUCCUGCCCCUGGCCAUCGGCCCCAACACCUCCAUUGAAGAGGAGGCCCAGGAGGACCCCCGACCCCUGGGCCUCCUGCCGGAGAUGGCCCACCAGGCGGGAGGCCCAUUUGUGGAGCAGCCUGGCUGGAGGAAUUUGGGAAUAGAGGGCCCCAGCCCGCCACGGGGUUCCCCUUUCCACAACCACACAGAUCCGGGCAGCCAGACAGACCACGAUGAAGGAGAAACCGAGGACGGAGUGGAUGGGCCUGGGGUGGCCCUCGAGAGGCCCCUGCAAGAGGUCCUGGAUUUACUGAGGUCCGUGGACCCCACCCAGCCCCAGCUGCGGGAGCUGGAGUUCCAGGUUCUCGGCUUUAGGGACCGGCUGAAGCCCCGUGGAGCCCGCCAGGAGCACGCCUCUGCCGAGAGCCUGAUGGAGUGCAUCCUGGAGAGCUUCGCCUUCCUCAAUGCUGACCUCGCCCCACAGGAGCUGUCCCUGUUUGGGGGCUGCCAGGGUCUCCGAAAGGACAGGACCCCGCCCCCACCGCCAUCUCGGAAGGUGUCAUCCAGGGAGCUCACGGCCGGCACCCCGGAGCUGGACAGGUUGCUCAUGGCCCACCUCCAAGUCUGCAAAGCUCUGCUGCAGAAACUGGCCUCUCCUAAUUUGUCGAGGAUGGUCCAGGAAUGCCUUCUAGAAGAAGCUGCCCAGCAAAAGCAGGUUCUGGAGAUGCUUUCUGUGUUGGAUUUUGAGAAGGCCAACAAGGCAACAUCCAUUGAAGAAAUCGUUGCGCAGGCCGCUCGGAGGAAGGGGUGCCUGAGGCUGUGGAGAGGGUGCACGGAGCCCGGCAGGGUGCUGUCCUGCCCCGCCACGACGCUGCUGAACCAGCUCAAGAAAACGUUCCUGCACAGAGUCCGCGGGAAGUACCCAGGACAGCUGGAAAUAGCGUGCAGAAGGCUCCUGGAGCAGGUGCUCAGCUGCGGCGGGCUGCUCCCCGCAGCCGGGCCUCCCGAGGAACAGACGGUCACCUGGUUCCAGUUCCACGGCUACCUGCAGAGGCACAGUGUCUCUGACCUGGAGAAGCACUUCGCCCAGCUCACCAAGGAAGUAACACUCGUCGAGGAGCUGCAGUGUGCGGGGCAGGGCAAGGCUGUCAGGAAACUGCAGGGGAAGCGGCUGGGCCAGCUCCAGCCCCUGCCCCAGACAUUGAAGGCCUGGGCGCUGCUCCAACUGGACGGGACCCCACGAGUAUGCAGGGCAGCCAGCACUCGCCUGGCCGGUGCAGCCAGGAACAAGAGCUUUCGGGAAAAGGCUUUGCUCUUCUACACCAACGCCCUGACCGAGAACGAUGCAAAACUCCAGCAGGCCGCGUGUGUGGCACUCAAACACCUCAGGGGGAUCGAAAGCAUCGAUCAGAUCGCCAGCCUGUGCCAGUCUGACCUGGAGGCCGUACGAACAGCAGCCCGGGAAGCAACAUUGUCAUUUGGUGAGAAAGGACGCUUAGCUUUUGAGAAGAUGGACAAACUCUGCUUGGAACAAAGAGAAGAGGCAUUUUGCCAGGAGGCGGAUGUUGAAAUCACGAUAUUUUAGGCCUCAGAGGACGGGCGCAGAUCUGGCUUCUCUGUUUUCACUGCUUACAAGCCUUGACACAGGGAUGAGUUUGGGGUGGGGCUACGCCGUGUGCUGCCCCCGGAAGCGUGAGCUGGCCAGAGCUGCUCCUCCAUCUCCAGACCAGUUACAAAGCCCAGGGGGCACAAAUGAGGGUUUUCAUGCAGAGAAGCAGAAGGGGAUGCUGUAGGGUUUUAAUCACAUGGUCAGUUUUGUUCUGAGAACUGGCCUCACCUUCCUCAGCCAGCCGCACUACGAAGGGGCCAAGGUCAGGCAGGCUGAGGCCUGGAGCAAAAGGCUCCUAGAGGGACAGACGGCACUUGGGGUCUCCCUGUGGGGCAGCCCGCUCGGCGCUUCUGUUUCAAUGACGACUGGGAGUGAACUGGCCAACGGGCUGAUGGUCUUGUUGAGGACGCGGUGGGUCAGGUCAGCAGCAGCCAGCUGUCACCCUGGCAAGCUGGGGACGGUGGGAAGACACGGAGCCAGGGAUUCACGAUUCACCUUCUUAACCCGGGCUGCAGCCCAGUGGCCACGGUGGAGCCUGCUGACCACGGGUUUCACUCUCAUCGUGCUCAGCAGCACAGAGAAAAUGGCCAAGAAACCUUGAGUGUCACAUCAGGAAAAGCAUUCACUUUGACCUCAACUCAUCAAAAUGGAAUGAAACCUUUGAAGCAAGUCAACGUCAGGCCUAGUAAAUUGCUUUGCAAGCCAUAAAGCUGGUUUCAAAAAAAGAUUUCCUGAAGAACAUGUUCAAAGAAAGAAAAUGAGUUUCCUAUUUAAGUCUAUUAAAAACUCUCAAACAUGCCCCGAACUGUUCUUGUGAUGAGCUGUGGAGACAGCCUGGGGUAUGAAUGUGAUUCCUGACAAUGGCGCUGGGGACUCUGUGACUGGAACCUUCUCCUGUAAACUUCCUGUAUAUACAUUCUGUGCUUUUCAGUUGAACUUGGUAUAUUUAUUUGCCUUGUCCCUAAAUUCCAUUUUUUGAAAUUUUGAUUAAAAUGAUUUUUAUUGGUGUUUCCCUUUA